CUGUGAGCUUUCACUGGGCGCAUGCGCAGGUGGAGAGAUGGCGGCGCUCGGUGUACGGGUUGUGUGUGUCUGUGUGUUGCUGGUGAUCGGUGUAACAGCGGCGGCCGCCGAGGAAAAGAAGAGGAAAAAGAAGGACAUCCGGGACUACAAUGACGCGGACAUGGCUCGGCUGCUGGAGCAAUGGGAGGUCGAAAGAUGAUGACAUAGAAGAAGGUGAUCUGCCAGAGCACAAAAGAAAGCCGAAUCCAGUAGACUUCACCAAACUUGAUCCCAGUAAUCCGGAGGGCAUCCUGCAGAUGACCAAGAAGGGAAAGACUAUAAUGGUCUUUGCCACGGUGUCUGGAAACCCCACAGAGAAGGAAACCGAAGAACUCACAAGCCUGUGGCAGGGCAGCCUUUUCAAUGCUAACUAUGACCUUCAGAGGUUUCUUGUGGGGCCGAACCGUGUGAUCUUCAUGCUGCGGGAUGGUGGAUAUGCAUGGGAGGUGAAGGACUUUCUGGUUGGCCAAGACCGGUGUGCAGAUGUAACACUAGAGGGACAGGUGUACCCUGGGAAAGGAGCAGAUGGUAAUGCAAACAUCAAGAACCUUAAUAAACCGGAGAAGGAAAAGAAAAAGAGUGACACUAAGAAAUCAAAGUCUUCCAUUGAGACUAACCGAGCAUCGCCCUCAAAGGAAGAUUUAUGACCUAUUGCUGAUCUCUAAAAUUCAGGGACACUUAAUGCCCACCCUGUACAUGUAAUCUCAUGUAGAAGUAUUAAUGAUAUACAAAUUGGGCAGAUUUGCUUUUUUACAAAUACAAUGAAGAUUUUGGUACAGU